AUGACGGGAGCCGAGCAUCGCUACAAUCCAGUCAAAAAAGAAUGCCUUGCUUUGGUGUUUGCUGUCCAAAAGAUGCGACAUUACCUAGUCGGACAAAUAAUUCAUGUCAUCUCUAAGGUAAACCCAUUGAGAGUGCUUAUGAAGAAACCAUCUUCACUGAAUUGUCAAUUAGCAAAAUGGGCAAUUCUCCUGUCACAGUAUGACAUGCAGUUCAUGCCCCAGAAGGCUGUUAAAGGUCAAGCUGUAGUUGAUUUCCUAGCUGAUCAUCUGGUAUCGGGAUUAUCUAAGUUGUAUGAAGACUUACCUGACGAAGUCGCUGAAUCUUGCGUAGCCCAAGAAGUUAUGCAAGUAUGGAAGUUAUUCUUUGAUAGUGCAUCCAGAGUAAACCCUCAUAGCGCAAUUACCGCGGGAGUAGGAGUAGUAUUCAUCUCUCUAAAUAGUCACGUGAUUCCAAGAGGAUUUUCUCUGAUCGAACCCUGCACCAACAAUGUAGCUGAGUAUAAUGCUCUACUAUUAGGGAUGCAAUUUGCUGAGGAGCUUAACAUUCAACACCUCGAAGCAUACGGUGACUCUCAGCUCAUCGUAAAUCGAUUCUGUGGAGAAUACAAAGUACGCAAUGAGGAUUUACUCCCAUAUUACUUUGUGGUCCUAGAACAAGAAUGA